UUUGUUUUGUUGUCAUUUUGCCAUGUGAUUGUCAUCAGAGUCCCAGUUAGCGUGAUUCUUUUGCCGGAUACAAACUUUGCAAAUCAAUGAAAAUAACAAAGUGAUAUUGACAAUGGCAGGGGGCAACAGAAAGUCUCGAAAUGCCCGUCAUCAAGCUCACUCCUCUGCUUCAAAAUCUUCCUCACAAGCAACAAAUGUGCUAUCGAGUUUUGUCAGCGACUCCUCCAACCAGUCACGAUACGCCCCGCUGGGGGCCACUGUACCAUCUCUGCCUGCCCUAGAACAACCCCUAGCCCCGAAACAUUUUCCAUUUCCAAAUACGCCUCACGACGAUGAGAUUAUGUUUGAGGCACUGCAUUGGUUUUUUGUAGUCGGCUCUGCAGGCUUUCAAUUCUUGCAUUUGUACAGAUCUGUGUGGUGGUUGCCAUACUCUUUUAAUAAGCAGGCUUUAAAUUUUUACCUAAUUGACAAACAUCUAGUGAUGUUUAUAUUAGUUAUAUUGUCUAGAAGACUUAUCUAUGUUGUGGGACGUAGAAUUAUGGAAAUGGUCAUGCCAGAGAAAGUGUAUAUCAAGUUGUGCCCAUAUUACAGGUGAGUUCUUUAAUUUAUUUAUACCUUAAACUGAGACUGGUCUCUGUUAUUCUAUGGUAAUUUUAAUAAAUAAUAAAAAUUAUAUUAUUAUAGGUGAAUAUAUAGUAUUUGAGUUUUCUGUGUCAACUAAGAAAAAUAGCUUAUUAUUAAUUAUCAUAAGCUUCUGUUCCAUCAGUCUUGAAACAUGAAAAAGAGAUUGAGGGCUCACAGACACUCAGGGUAAUGCUUGUAUUUGGAAGCCUGACAUUUUUUUGAUAGUAGGUCGCAGGCAUUGCUUUCAUUGUUUAUAGUUUUUAUUAUAGAGAAAUUACAAAAAGUAGAAAUAAUACUUCAAUUGAAAACUGCCAGAGAAGCGGCACCAGGGUAGUGCCAAAAAGGAACAUGAC